CCGCUCAACCAUUGCUGCCGACACCUUUAACGGUGAAGAUAGCAGGCAACCUGGAAACGGAGGGCCUGCACACUGGAACAAUGCUUUCCCCAUGUGGAGAUGGUGGUACCAUGGAUCCAAGAUAAGAAUGGAACAUUCUCAGAUUGGCUGAUGCAAAAUGGGAAAGUCACGACUUUUUCGCAUUUUCCUAAUCCUAGGGUCCCUGUUUAUGAUUCUGUUAAUUAUAAUAUAUUGGGAUGAUGUUGGAGCCACGCAUUUCUACCUGCACACCACUGUGUCUGGACCUCAUCUCUCCCACCUUCCUCCUCAAAGUCACUCCUCCUCCAAGCAUAAGGCCUAUGACGACAAGGGUAACUCCUUCCUGUCUGAUAUUGACGCCUUUAUCAACCAAUUCCUGGAGGGCACCGUCGAGCCCAGUCAGCAAGCCAAGGAGGACGGUGCCCCGGAAACGUCGCACAACCAGUCCGGGGACGCGGGGAAGCCGGAGGAGAAGUACGUUCCCAGGCGGGAGUGGAAGAUCCACCUGACGCCCAUCUCUGUGGAGAUGAGGCAGAGGCAGGAAGACAGGAAGCAGUUGAUCCACGACCUCUGCACAAACGGCAGCCUAGACUUUCUGGGGAAGAACAGGACCUUCGAUGACAUCCCCAACAAGGACCUGGACCACCUCAUCGUAGAUGACCGGCACGGAAUCAUCUACUGCUACGUGCCGAAGGUGGCAUGCACAAACUGGAAGCGCAUCAUGAUCAUGCUGAGCGAGAGCCUUCUGGUCGACGGCGCUCCCUACCAGGACCCUCUGGACAUUCCCCAAGAGCACAUCCACAACAGCAGCCUCCAUUUUACCUUCAACAAGUUCUGGAAGCGAUACGGGAAGUUCUCCCGACACCUCAUGAAGAUCAAGCUGAAAAAAUACACCAAGUUCCUGUUCGUCAGGGACCCCUUUGUCAGGCUGAUUUCUGCAUAUAGGAACAAGUUUGAGCAGGUGAAUGAAGACUUCUACAAAAGAUUUGCCGUCGUCAUGCUGAAGAGGUAUGGAAAUUACUCCGACCCCCCGGCCUCGGUUGUCGAUGCCUUUGCGGCUGGGAUUCGCCCUUCCUUCUCACACUUUCUCCAGUAUUUAUUAGAUUCCCAGACUGAAAAAGAGAUGCCCUUCAAUGAACACUGGCGCCAGGUGUAUCGCCUAUGUCAUCCCUGCCAAAUCAAUUAUGACUUUGUUGGAAAGUUGGAGACCUUAGACGAGGAUGCAGAACACUUGCUCCGUAUUCUUCGGGUGGAUAAUAUCGUCCAGUUCCCUGCCAGCAACCGCAAUAGAACAGUUAGCAGCUGGGAGCAGGAUUGGUUUGCCAAAAUCCCCUUUGAAUUGAGAAGAAAGCUGUAUAAGCUUUAUGAGGCUGACUUCAAACUUUUUGGAUAUUCCAAGCCUGAAAAAUUGUUACAUGAGUGACAGUGUAUCAAAAUACUUUUUCCUUCUUGUGUGUUUGUUUUUAUUUUUUAUUUUUUUUUAUUUUUUAGGAAUGAAUUUGGUUUAAAUGAAAACCAUUAAUUGUCUUUUCAAAAUAUGCAUUCUGUGGUGCCCACUAACCACCUUGAGGUAAGUGAGCCUUAAUGCAUAUGGAUACAGACCAAUACUCAUCCAGUUAUUUGUACUAGGGCAUUGUUGUUGUGUGGAUUUGGUGGAGAUUGUUUCUUGCUCAUCCUCAGCAUGUACUUUGCCUAUUAGCAGCAGGCAAAUUUGGACUGUUGUGAAAACACAUUAACCCUUUCAGCCCCAAGCCCAAUAUGUAGCGGUUCCACUAAAUCUCAAGGGGUUUUGGCUUUAAAUUGGCUUUAAUUUGGCUUUAGUUGGGAAAGUUCAGAAAGUUGGGAUUUAAUAGGGGCUUACAACAAUAAUAUAGCAAUCAUUUUGAUUGUUUGGAAAGGUACAAGGUCGAGAUUGCCAUAUGGCACACUAUAUGGCACAUAUGCUUCAGUGCCAUAUAGCACAGUUGGGACUGACAGGGUUAAACUAAUAUAACCUCAUAUAUGGGGUUUAAACCGUUAUUCAGUAAUUAACAGAAUCUGUAGCGUGACCAUGAUAUUGAUGCCAGUGAAAGAAUUUAAUUUAGUGUAAUGUUAAGUGGCUUACAGUACACAGAGGGAUAUUUAAGUUGCAUUAUUGUACGUUUUGAGUACUAAAGCAUUUUGGGUGAAGAAAGUUUGGUUGCAUUUUAAUUUCAUCAUAAAAUAGUUAAUAUUUAAAAUGCGUUAACAUUACAGUUGUAAAUUAUGAGUACCUGAACAAUCUUUGUACCAUUAUCACAGAAACAAUGUAGCUCAGCGCUCAGUGACUGUGUUAAAUGUUUAUUAUACCAAGCAAGGGUUGUCCUUGUGGUUGUUUUAUGUCACAUUUCAUGUAUAGUAGGUUUGGGGCCAAUUGUCUGCAGUACCAGGAAUUGUGAUAUUGUGGUAUUUGGGGCAGAGAAACUUCCCAUAUAUUCAUAAAACGUUAUCUGGGUAAAAUGGGUAAAUUCCUGGUUGGUAGGCAACAGUGUAUUGUCAGCCUGCUCAGUUCAAAGUAACAGAAAUUGUAGCAUACUGAUGAUAUUUAUAAUAUUCUGCAGUCCUAUAACUGAUGAUGUCAAACACUUGACCAUUUUUAAUCGUUUCUGUUCUCACAGAACUGUCGGGCAGCGAAUACCUCUACCUGAAAUGUAUUUAUUGCAGCACUUAGGCUAUGCAGAUGUAUUUUGCUUCUUGGUGGGUUAACAAUUGUCAUAUUUUGCUAAACACUUGCGUAAUUUGGCUGAUUAGAUUUUAUUUUUUUGGUAAUGGAACUCAUUUGGAGUUUUAACCUGAUACGUGCCUUAAAUGUAGGUCAUGACCAUUUUUUUUUCUGUACCAGCCAAUUAGUCUUUGGGAACUUUAUUUAAAUAUGAAGUAUUCAGGAAAGGGUCUUGUGACAAAGUAUAAACUUGAAGUGUCUUAAAUGUCUACAUAUGACAUACAGUACAGUAAAUCUUUAUGUCCAUACAGUAUAUGGACUCUUUCUGGCUUCUAAUGGAGAGAUUUGAUGUCUUUGAUAGUCUGUGUAUACUGCAGUCCAGCAUAUUGCCUGUGUGUCAUGGACACUCUUUUGCACGAUGGCAAGUGUAGGCAAGAUUAGUUGCUAAUUAAGUCAGAUGGAGAAACCCAAAAUGUAUUCCAUUACAGUUAAAUUCCUUCAUAUUGUUAGCGCAGCUGACUCAAGGCAUUGCUUGUGCUGAAUCAUAGGCCAUAUUUAAUAGGGGCGUAAGAGUUUAUAUUUUACGGAGUUUACUUGUAUUCUAGCAGUUAACUUGUACUGUAUGUACUCAUGUUUUUGCUUUUAUUUGACAAGAGAACCUUAGCAGUCGCGAAGAUGGAGAAGCGUCUGCAUUGGGUUGUGCAGUGAAAUACCUGGUUUUUGAUGGCUAACAUAUACUGUAUAAUGGUUUGUGGAAAGAUGACCAUUUUCAUUUUUAGAAAUUCAGUUCUACUUCAGUUGUUUUGACUUUGAAGAUCAAAGAAAUGAUUGGUGCCAACCAAACAGGGAAUUAAUUUCAGCAGGAUGGACAUUUCCCUCAGAGUGCUCUGCUGCAACGCCCCUGAUUACAUUCUGGGUCAUAUUGCCCGUCUUUUAUCUUCAAAGAUGGAGCCAGUCAGCGUGCGGUCAUUGACUCAUUUACCCACGCUUUUAUGUAGGGACUGGAACUGCCAUUCAAACAACAAAUGCACUGAAGUCAGUCUUUUCCUUAAAGAAGACAUUUUCUACCCCAGCCAGGCCUGUGGUACAUGUACUGGUGGCAUUUCAUAUUCUUCAUAUUUCAGUGUUUUGUUGAUCGUUUUGACGUGUAGGAUGAUCGUCAUGACUCAUGUCACGUGGCACAUUUAGGUAGGACAUGGUCUGCAGUGGCAUUACAUUAACUGGUACUGAAAAUAAAAUCAUCCUUGUAUGACUGAAGACCACAAUAGACUUUAUGGGCCUUCCUCAGGUGUAACUGAAUGAUGAUCGUGUAUGUUUGCAAUCUGUUUAUUCACCCAUACAAAGUUGUUUAAAGUGAUACAACCCCUGAAACUCAAAUAUUUUGGAAGUGAAUUUUGUUGGUCUUUGUUUCCAUAUUUAAAUGUGUAUUGUUCCAAAAGAAAAGCCUGAGAAAAACACAAUGACAUUAAAUGGCAGUUAUAUUUUUUGGUAAAUUGCUUAUUUUUGGACUUACGGUAGACGUUGUGGUUGAUUAAGUACAGAAUUUUUAGUGUUUUUGAGACCAUAUUGGCAAAGCAUUCACAGCUGUGUGCUGGCUUUGAAGGACAUACAAUGGAUUGUCAAUGGGGACAUUGAGUUUCUAAAAUGGAUGUGAAGAGAAAAUAAGAUGUCACAAUGACCCGUCAGCUAAAUUGUUCACUGCAAACUACAGCUUAACAGUUGCUGAACUUGAAAAGGAUUUUUAUAAACGAUAAAAAUUAUUAGACGAUCGAUUAAUAUUUAAUAUUCGGUGUAUAAAAAUGCAGAUGUUUCUUGGAAGCAAGACAUUAUCAUUGUUGCAGAACAGAACAGAAUAGCUUCUAAAAUCCAUUACACGUCUGCUUUUUGCACAGAAAUGUUCAAGCGAAAAUACGUGGAAAUGUUUGGGAAGUAUAACCGAAGAAGCUAAUUAGCUGUUGUCACAUCAGUAUGGUGUUGAGCUCAGGAAGAGAGGGGGGUUGGAAAGGGAAAUGUGGAGACGGCGAGCUGG